AUCCCUCUCUCCGCUUCUGCUUCUCCAGGGGCUGGUGAUUGCAUCCGGAAGUGCCCAUGACAGAGCUGGUGUCCUCCAGGGGAGGGUCCCCUACAGGGGACGGGGAGGAGGGUCUGGGGGACGAUCAAGGCCUGGUUAUCCACCACCCGGCGGAGGAACAGUCCCACCGCUGCCCAUUGUGCGGGCAGACCUUCUCCCAGCAGCCCAGCCUGGUGCGGCACCAGAAGGCGCACGUGGGAGCUGGCCGCGCAGCCGCCUUCGUGUGUCCCGAGUGCGGCAAGGCCUUCAGCGUCAAACACAACCUGGAGGUGCACCAGCGCACGCACACCGGCGAGCGGCCCUUCCCCUGCCCCGAGUGCGGCCGCUGCUUUAGCCUCAAGCAGAAUCUGCUCACGCACCAGCGCAUCCACAGCGGCGAGAAGCCGCACCAGUGCGCGCAGUGCGGUCGCUGCUUCCGCGAGCCGCGCUUCCUGCUCAACCACCAGCGCACCCACGCGCGCAUGCCCACGCCGCACCCGCGCCGUCCCGGUGUCUUCGGGGAGCGGCGACCCUACUUUUGCCCUCGCUGCGGCAAGAGCUUCGCGCGCGAGGGCUCGCUCAAGACCCACCAGCGCAGCCAUGGCCAUGGGCCUGAUAGCCAAGCAGCCCAUUUGAGCAGUGUGCUAUGACCUGUGGGAGACCUGCCACCACCAGCUGCCUCCAAUCCAGAAGCCACAUCCAAGGGUGCUGAGCUGCAGUCCUGUCUGGAUGGGCUCCUGGGAGGGGGCAGGGCCAGCUUAAGGUGUUGAAAGGCCUCGGGGCCACCCCCCUUUUCUUCCUGCCUCUGGACCCCUUGGCUGGCUGCAUGUAUUUGCUUUGGGCACCUGCAUUAAUUUGCCUCCUCCGGCUGCCUAGAGCAGCAUGUCAGACUUGAAAGCGACUUGGAGAGGACCACUUGCCACGGUUCCCAGAUCCAAGCUCAGUCCCCAAAGCGUCAGCAAUCCUGCGCCCACUGCCUGGUGGCCUUGAGAAGCCAUUUCACUCCACAUCUCAGUUUGCUUAUUUAUACAAAGCGGGCAGGACCUCGUGGCCCCGGACCUGCAGGGCACAUCUGGGCAUGGAAUCCCAAAAUGGAGUCACAUAGGUCCUGGGUUCCUGGCACGAGGACACAUCUCCUCAGAAGACCUACCUCUGGAGGUUUCCUGUGACGGUAGCACAUGGGAUUAGAGGCCGAUUCUAUGCCUUGGUGGGAAAAACUCCCCAGAUCUGACUUGAGUCAGCUGGGUAAGCCUCGUUUGGCUUCCUGUUCCUAGACCUCCACUUGAGUGUGGAGGCAGACAGCACCUGAGCAGGGAGGUGGCCUCUCUCCUCCAGCCUGGCUCAACGCUUGGUUGAUGGACAGGGACGAAGAGUGACUGUUGUGUAACCUUGCAGCAGGUUAAUGGCAGAUGAGAGGCAGAACUUCCCUCAAGAUAUGAAGAGCACGUGAGCGCUUCCACGUCCAUUUUUUUUCCGAGUUAGAAAGUUUAGCCCUUCAGGGGCUCGUGACUCUCUGAACCCUGAUGGAGGCCGUGGACCUUCUCCUCGGAGAACUCCCCACUCAUGGAGCCCUCAGAGUGCCACGCAGCGUCAGGAGUCCAGGAGCCUGGACUAAAGACCUCAGCCCUGGGGAUUCCAUCUCUUGUCCUUCCGUUACUCCGCACAAGUGUGAUGCUCUCCUCCUGGUCUCCCGUUGUUUGGGAAUAAAGAAUUCUGAGGCUGAGCCCCUUUUAGUCCAUCCGGUCCCUUCUCUGCCAUUUGACAGUUCCCUGGAUUUCUGGAGCCAGGCUUCCGUUCCCAGACACUGCCCAAGACUGGCUCCUGGGCUUGAUCCCUUCCCCAGUUUUGUGUCUGACAAGCUGGAGGCGUCUACAGUGGAGCCCUCUGCUUGGUUUUGGCUCUGACUGUACUGCGGAGUCUCAAGGGAAAGUUGGCCUGCUGAAGGGUUGGUAAAUCAUUUUCUCUGUUUAUUCCACAGAGAAGGAUCAUGCUUCCACUAGCCAUAUGCAACCAACCAGGGUCCCUAGUUGGGCAGGCGUCUCCUGGGAAGGUGAGGGUAGAGGGCACGAGAACCCUGCACGUGGUGCCUGUGGGUCUUAGCAGCCGGAGAAGCCAGUGGAGGAGUUGUUUCUGUCCCCUAAGUAGGCAGGAGUACAACUAGGAGAUGAGGGUCUUGGGCCACUGCUGGUCAAGGACUUGUAUCCUCACAUAUGAGCAGAUCAGUCGAGAGCCCACAACCGUCUCCCUUCCUUCUUAGAAUGAGUCAUUCAUUAGGAAGGGGGGAGGGGCUUUUUUUCCCUACCAGGAUUUGGUAGAAACCUCUGGGUUCCUGACUUGGGGUCUUACUGCCUGUAUCCCCAUGCAGUUGGAGUUACAGGUUCUUACUGAACCCCUAUGCCUUAUUCUGAGGUCACUGAGUACUCAAAGAGAUCAGAGAAAGGGGAGGCGCUACCCAUACCUUGGGGACUUCCGUGCACCUCUUUUCCAUGGCUGACUUAGGGGAGCCCUCACCAUGCCCCUCAGCUAACUGCCAAGCUCAUCUCUUCCCUGCUGUAACUGUGCCAUGCCUUCCCCUAUACUGCUCUGAAAUGUUCUCCCCCUCCAAGCCCCCAAACCCACUUAUUCACCAGGGCUGAGCCUCCCAGCCCACCCAGCCCGAGCUCCUUCCUAACAGUCCUCAUGUUAACACAUGGUGUCUCCCUGAGUAUUAUGUGCUGUUUGGUCUUGUGCUUGUUUCUUCUGUGUUUGUGUAUGUAUACGUGCUGUGUGUGUACAUGUGCACCUUGAGUCCCCAGCUAGACUGUGAGCUCCCUGAGGGCAAGGGGCUGACAUUUCUUCUUCAGCCUCUCUUGGGUCUAGCCCAAGCCUGUCAACUGGAUGAUGAAACACAUGCUGGAGGUCAUCUGAGGUGGAGGGUUGUGUGCUAGGGAGAGUCCACAUGGCUUAGCUAGAGGUGUAUGGUGUUGGGUUGUGGCCUGACUCCUUGGAUCAAUAAUGGAUGCUUAAGGUCUCAGGUCCUUGCAAAUUAGAGGUUAUAGAAGCAGGAGGGACACGCUCCCGGACACAACACACGUAGACCAUGGCUACACAGGAGUGCACAUGAAUGGAUGUCCAGGUUGGAUAUUCCAAAAGGUCCCUGAUGUCUG